AUGAAAUUGCAUGUUUGGCAUUUCCUGUCUAAGAGUGAGGCUGAAAAAUAUUUACCCCAAGAGAAAGAAUCGGCUUCUUUUACCUUUACACGGGAAAGCAUCAAAGGACAGAUCAAACUGCAAACGGUGAAGAGGUUUGAAUCAUUGCCACAUCAUUCUGAGCGCUGGGAUGCUCUGUUCUUUGUGGGGGGUCCUGUUCGGUCCUUGGAGUGGUGCCCGUGUCCUGACGGGGCGGCAAAAAGACAGUAUGUCGCCAUCUACUGCCACAAAGGCAUGGAUGAUGAACACAAAAUCAAUAAGCUGCACACAGGUCCUGUCUUGCUGCAGCUGUGGGACAUCGGAGACCUUCAGUGCAAAAGCAGACCCUCAACUGCUCCUCAUCUAGCAUAUGGUUUAGCGAUAGAUGAUGGAUGCAUCUGGAAUAUAAGGUGGUGUCCUGCGGGAGUGUGGGAGCUGCCCUCUACCGGCAGAAAGGCUCCACAAAUGCCUAGAUUAGGUGUUCUAGCAGCAGCUUUCUCUAAUGGAACCAUUGGUGUCUACAGUCUUCCACACCCAGAAGCCCUUGCAGCACACCAUCAGAGUAAAGGUGAGGAAAUGCCACCUUCCUGUAGAGUGAAGAAGGUUCUGACUUUGAAGAUGGGCUCCAACCAGGCGGAUCAUAAAGGUCAAAGUGGUCUGUGCUUUGCUAUGGAUUGGCUCCAUGUCAAACCACAUAACCUCUUGGCUGCGGGCUUCUAUGAUGGUCUGGUUGGUUUAUGGGAUCUUGCUAGUAAGUCUACACUACUGAAAGUCAAGUCUCCAGACGGAGGUGUGUCUCUCUACCCUUACCACUGUUUCCAUGCUCAUGACGAAAACAUCCGGACCUUGUGCUGGUGCAAAGCCUCAAGUAACUUGUUGGUGACAGUCGGAGAUGACCGCAUGGCAAAAAUGUGGGAUGUGAGAAAAACCUACGUGCCUCUUUUGGCAGUAAAGCGCUGCUUGUCCACUGAAGUGUACUGGCCCCUCUUUUGGAGCGGCAUCCUGAUGGCUCAAGAGUGUUGCUUUGCCACGUUUGGACAACAUGGGGUUCACUAUUUUGAUUCAGGUUACCUCGGAAUCAAGCCUUACUUUGUGUGUCCUAGAAAAGCCACUAUUUGGAGCCUUUCUAUGUCUGAUUGGAUAAAUACUUUUGCCGUUGUGGACAAUGGAGGAGAUUGUUUAUUUAGUUCGCUUCCUGAAAUGGACAUCGACCCCAACACUAUCAGACGACGGAGAUAUUCAGUGUACAGGACUGACAUGGUCCAGUUUCAACCCGGUCAGAGGCCUGGAGAUAAGGAACAGGAGGAGGAGGAAGUGGAAAAUGCUGCAAGUAAUCCUAGGAAGGAGCCACUGAGUUACAAAGGAGCAAUCAGAAAGUACUAUCUCCACUUUCAUGACUUGGACCUGGGGAACUUUGCUAAGAGUGAAAAUCGGGCCAUGAUGAAGCACCUGCACCAGCAUGAGGUCAAAGGUGUUGCUAAAGUGGACCAGAUGCCAUUGAGCGCGCUCUACAAGGUAAGAUUGCAUUUAUCUAUACAGCAGUUUACAAGCCCAGCUGAGGCCCUCACUGACACCUGCAGCACCCUAUCAGUGUAG